CUCCCUUUGUCUAUGUAAAUAAAUAAAAUUAAAUAAUAAUCUAUGUAAAUAUUUCCCAUAAUUCGAAAGUUCCCUUAAUUCCGUUUUAUAUUUAGAUAUUUAGCAUUUAAAAUGCCUAGCUGACCAUUUUAUUAAUAUGCGGUUUUACAGUACAGUGUUUUUUUGGAAUACCUUACUACAAUCAUGGAUCCACACUUUCACAGGCCUGUUUUGGAGGGUAUUUUAUUUGUACCCCCAAGUGGAAAGAUAUUAAAGAAAGCUUGGCAAAAGAAACAUGCGGCCCUGUUCAAACGUAGCCGCACAGGCAUCGCCCGCAUCGAACUGUAUGACAACGAAAUAAAAACGGGACCACCGAAAAUCAUAACUCUUGAGGAUGUGAUUAAAAUCACACCGAAAACAACAAAUAUACUGCAUAUUGUAACUAGAAAUUCUGAUAUUGAAUUCAGUGCCUCUUCCGAGGAAAGUCUGCACAAUUGGCACAAGGCCAUUAGUGGUGUGGCAUUUCCCGACGAGAGGAGUGAAGUUAGCGAGGUCGAACAGGAUAAUGAUUUAUAUUGUUCUACUAAUGAAGGUAUUUUCUUGGUAAAACUUCACACAUCAGAGGCAUCGCUGCGUUGCAAUCUCGACAGUACUGAAUAUAUUCUAAAAGUAGAAGCGACUGCCUUACAGUUACGCAGUUUAGAUGAUAAUAAAGUGCUCUACACUUGGCCAUUUAGUUUUAUAAGGAAAUACGGGUAUAAAAGUGGGAAAUUUACGUUCGAGGCCGGUAGAAAAUGCGCCUCGGGUGAGGGCACUUUUUACUUUGAGCAUCCUAAUCAUGGCGAGAUUUAUCGGUAUGUAACCUCAAAAAUGAAAAGCAUGCGCCAAAUCCUUCGUGGCAAAGCAAGUCCCUCCCUCACUGACUGCAGUAAAGAUCUCCAACUCCUCACCGCGCUCAGUAUGGAGGCCGGUUCUCGAAAUCCCCUGCCACUGUCCACCUCUAUCCAAAGCUUCGCCGACUCGGAACUUCACGUAGCGCCCUCUACAUUGACCUCCAUCGAAAACUUAAGCGGUCCGAUUAGCACCCAUUCUGCUCCAAUUUUCAACGAGUCAUUGACGCGCAUGCCGAGAACGCUGAACUCCACCUCGAAUUUGUUUUUAAAUUUAAAUAAAUUCAGUACUGCGCCCAAACCGAUGGUACACAUUAACCGCAAUAGAGAGUAUACGCAGGUCGACCAGAUAGCGGAGAACGCGGCAUUACAUAAUAAUAAUUAUGACGAGGUGAAUAAUAUUACGGAGGCAUGGAAACAGAUGGGUAUGGAAGAAGAGGAUAGUUAUAAUAUUAAAAGGAAUGAUAAGGUGAGGAGGCUGAUACAUGGAGGGAAAAGAAAGGAGGAGCCGAGACCGGCGGUACCGUAUUAUCCUCAGCAGAAGGUAAAACAAGUGUAUAAACCCGAUGACACCUCUACCCCGAGCGAUCCCUGCGAAUACGCCUCGUGGGGCCCCAUAAACAAUCUUAACUUCGACAGAACCUCCCCGUGCUCCUCCACCUCAAAGGCUGUGAUACAAAAACUGAAUAACUUAGAUCGAGACAAUUACGACCACCUCAACUUUUUCGGACCGGUUAACACGAACAGAACCGACAACAAUUCCGACUAUAAAGAAGUGAAAAGUCCGCUAGGGGUCGCACCGCCCAAACAGACGAUCGUGAUUGGCCGAAACGAGUACGAGUUGGUGGGCGAGCCAGAAGGUGUCCGAUCCGCGGACGAUUCACAUUUGGGGUAUGCCACCGUGAGGGCGAAGAGUUUGAAUAGGAGCAUGCGCCAUUUGGAGGUGAACGCUCAAACUUAUGCUGUUAUCGAUAAGACUAAGCGAUAGUAUUUUGUUAAGUAUUAUUUUUUCUACUUUGUUUGGGUUUGGUUUAGACUGAUCGUACGUUGAAUUUUAAGUUUUCUUCCAGAAUUGAGUAUUUUCAUUGACUUUUCCUUAAUGUGAAAAAAAAGUAUGUUUUGUAAUUAUGUGAUUCAUUUUAUUUAUUUAGCAAUUGCAAAGGCAUUUUUUUAAGUAUAGAUGUUGCGUUUUUCGAUAAAACACAGUUGUAUUGAUUGACACAAAUUUACUGAUUAAUUGGAAGUCUCGUCUUAUACAAAACUAGAAUUAUUGGCUGAAUGCUAAAAGAGACUGACCACUUACUCGGCCGAUUUAAUUUUUUACUCAGGCGGUAAGAGAAUGAAAUAGAGUGUAUUUCAUAUGACUGUAAUAUAAUGAAGUUAUAAGUACAUAAAUAUAAUAUCUACAAUAAUAGGCAUACUUGCUUGAUAGAUGCUUGAAAGGAGAAAGGUCAUAAGCGACAAUUUAUUGAUUUUCUAGCAGGACGAUUUAAACAUUUUUUUUUUUUGAAAAUAAUUCAUAACUUUUCAUGCCAUUUAUAAUUUUGGCAACUGCAAAUAAAAUUUUGGGUCAUUCUUUUUCUUUUCCUUAGUUUAAAUAAUUAUUAAUUCCAUAUGAGGUCGAGAUAAUGUCGGUUAAGUAAAUUAGUUAUUAAAACAAAUUCAAGUAUAAAGACUUAAAUCCAACAAUUAUGAAAUAUGAAUCGAUGUAAAAAGUCUUAACCACCAAUAAGACCUCGUAUUUAAAGCAGGUAAAACAGGUUAGGUGCCACAUAGAAAACGCAAAGCAAGAUAAAUGAUUAUCCGGGGGUGUAUAAAUAAAUCUUGGUCAAUCAAUGGUACUCGUAUAAUUAACACAUGCUCGUUUGAUUAUAAUAGUAAAUUUCAAUUGGUCUAAAUAUAAGUUGUGCUGUAUUUGAAACGCAUUGAAAAGUAUCAAAAAACCAUUAAAAUUUUAUCUUCAAAUCUAUGACAAAAAAUGCAGAAAAAAGAACGUUGAAUUCUUUAAUAUCAAAUCUUAAAACUAAAGUAACAAACUAAUAAUAAACAAAAUAAACUUUUCACGUUUGGUAAAUGAAUUUUAGCUUUAAAAAUCUAUGGCAGAAAAAACACUGGAUUCUUGAAUUGCUAGCAAAAGUAAUAAACAAAAAAAAAAUUACAUUUGGAAAAUGUCUUCAUCUUCUAUGUGUUUCAUUCAAUUAAUUUCUAAUAGUAGGAAUGUUGACAUAUUCAUUAUGAAACAGGGCUGGAAUUACCUUAUUCGUACAUAAUUUAACUAAAUCAUCAUGUUUUAGCUUUGAUAUGGGAAUAGGGGAUUUAUAACAACCUUUUGGAGUUACUCUUACUUUUGACUGAACUUUAAUACCAAAGCUUGGUGCCUCCUUAUCCAUACAAUUUUUAAUUAUUAUUUUAUUAGGAUCUUUCUUCUUAAAUGUGCAUAUACGGAUUUUGCUUAUUUUUCCUGGGAGGUUUCCUUUAAAAUAUUUGUCUGCUAGCGUAUCCCACUUAUUAAAAAUCUUUAUAGGUCAAAUAUUGUACUUUAUAGGGUCUUGGAUUCUGUCUUGCUGUCUCAAAAACUGUGUACCACUGGGAAGGAGCCCAAAUUAUGGAAUGUUUUGUAUUUCUCUCAAUCACUGCGUGCACUGAAUCGACCGGCAUAUAUGUGUGUCCUGUGAGUAAAAAGUUUAUUUGGAUAGUUUCAAUAAAUUUACAAUUUUGUAGGGUCGCAUGUAACAUAGCUAGAAUAGUCCGGUUCCUGUUCUGGCCAGGACAGCAAUCACAUUAAAAGAGCAAACGAGUAACAGACUCACGUUUGUCAACCAAGCAAAUAUAGUUGUGUAAAAUAGUUGUCAUUUCAUUUGCUCCACGUUUUCCAUUUACUUCGUCCCAAUAGUAGCAAAAUACAUCACGUGUGCAACUCUCAUAAAAAGUAGGUUAUACACCGAUAACUUGCGUGAAUAGUAUAAAAGCAUACUUUCGCCUUUGGGUGUAUUCAACACUUUCUGUAAAUCAAAACUCACACAUAGAGUUCCAGAGUCGCUUUUGAAAAUGUUCUGGUGUGCUUUAAAACGGUUGUAGGAAUGUUCCUUUUCAGCUAAAUGCUUUAUCUUUGCUUGCUGCAUAACUUCAUCAGUGAUAUCUGAUCUCUCAAAUCUGAGACAUUGAAGAUAUUUAUCUUUUUUAGGAAUGUGGAAUCCAAUAUUGUAAUCUGCGUUAAAAACAUUCCUAAACACCCUCUCCCCAACAACGUCUAUUCCUUGUGUAAGGUGAACCUUUUUGUAAACUUGAUAUAAAUUAGAUAAGAUUUUAAACUCCUGCGGCAAAUACACACGAUUUGAAUCUUUUCGAGCAUAGUGGGAUAGAAUGGCCGGAAGGGAUUUAAUAAAGUUUCAAGAAUGAAACCACAAAACUGCAACCUUGGCAGUCUCUUUGGUUUUGUUUGGUGGAAUGCUCUUCCCUCGCAUAUCUUCUUGGGCAGAACCAAAUGAUGCGUUACUUAUUGUAUAAUAAAUAAAUUUCUGAGACACAUCUAACGUACAAGCUAAGAAUUGAAGGCAAACUGCGCGUUUGUCUUCACCUUCGUUUAUAAAAUACUUAAAAGUGUACUGGCGUUUUUCUGAUCCAGUAGAUCUUUUUCGUUUAACUGGUAAUUUCUCUUCAGUCACAAUUUCACAGUUGUUGCCGCAUUUUUUACCUGUACACGGAUUGGGCUUUAGUUUUUUGGCAGAGACUAAAGUGCCGUCGCUUUUUGUAUAUUCCUGGCCGGAUUUUUUGGCUUUCUUUUUAACUCUCUUUUUAUUUUCUUUUUUAAUAACGCUGCCGAGUUUUCCAACAAUACUUUCCUUCUCCCCAUUACCUGUUCCUUCAUUGCCAUUUUUUUGCUUCUGCUUCUUUUCCACACGUUCACAACUAUUUCUAGAUGAAGAAUCAGAUUCUCCUUCCCAUAAAUCCGAAUCGUCACUUCCAUAAACCUCUGCUAAGAAAGCUUCGUUUUCAGAUAAAUAAUCCAUGUAUGCCAAAGUUUUUCCUUUUUUAUUUCAUUUCAAAUUUAAGUGAUUUUCUUUUUAUGACUGUUGAAUGACCAGGACAGUUUAAAAUGUUGUUUGUUUCCAACACGUUUUGUUCACUAUGAGUUAGAAAGGAACUAUUAGCGGGUUGAUUUGUUAGUAAUCCUGCUAAAUGAUCUGAGGUAACCGGUUCUGCUAUAUUUGCGGAUGAAGGAGCAUCAUCAAUCAGUUCUGUGAAGGAAUAUUCUAUAUCAUCAAACUUCAAAAACAAUUUGUUGGGAAUCCAUAAAUAUUGCCGGUAUUAACCUCUGAAAGGAUAAUUUAAAUUAAAAUACCUUCAGGUAAAUUAUGAAGUUUUACGAUACCUCUACACUAUCCAUUUGUUCUUGUUUCAUAUUUCUUGAAGCACUUUCACAUACUAACGUAGGUGUACAAAUUUCUUCAGGAGUAUUCUGAAAUUAUUACAAGUUAAAACAAAUUAUUACUUUAUAGCGCUUUGGGAAUACGUUCUUUAAAAAAUAGAUGCAAUAAUGAUAAUUACCUUGUGACAGUCAAUUGAAUUUAGUAGGUUUUUGCGAAUUUUCUCUUUGCUUUCACCAGGUUUUGUUGAGCGUUUAGCUAAAUCCACCAACAUUUUCCCUCUAACGUUAUUCAUUGUUUUCUAAAAUUCCACACUGUUUAUUAAAUAAAUAAUAAAAUAAGUUAUCUAAUAGUUAAAUUCUCUUCACUAAUAAUAAAAAAGAACUCACUUCACUUCACUAAGCCUAAAGAUAUCACAUUCAUGGAGGUAUUUUCCUAAAUUCGUUUCCACAACAUUCACCUACCACUGCUGCCAGCGUACUAAGCGACUAAACAAUCAUUCUUUAAUUACGACAGGACAACGAAGGCAUAUUAUCUAAACGACAAGUCCGAACACACACCGAUGUACUUUGUUAAAAAAACAGGCCCCUACAAUACUGCAAUAAUGUCUUAACCAGCACAUAGUUCUCUUAUGAUACCAAAUAAAAUGACUUAAAAGCCAUUUAGUUCGGAAUUACCUUUGGGUAAAACAGGAUAAGCGCCAUAAUUCUUGAAUUUUUAAUUCAGGUAAAACUACUUAAGUAACUCAUAGAUUUUUGUCACGAUAAAGGAAAAGCAGUUCAAGUGCCUUCCCUUUGAAUAAUGUUUUCAAGGUAAACCAGGAUAAAUGCCACACAUGGGAAAAAUGUGGGUUUUUAAAAAGACUUAACUGUUUUUUUUUUGUUGGUAGAUAACCUAAGUAACACUUUAAUAAAAUAAAUCAGAAAUAUGGUCGCUUUGUAAAUAAAAGAUUUAAUACUCUUCAAAAUUCAUGAUUGACUUGAGCGACACAAAGAUAAUCGUAGCAUGUUUAAAAGUAGUCCAACCGACGCAGGAAAAAAAUCGCAUUUAGUAGUGUUUAAAAGUUUUUUUUGUAAAAAAUGUCGCUUAUGACCUUUUUCCUUUCAAGCAUCGAUAGGAUGAUAUCGUUCCUCCAUAUUUAGAGUCAUAUUUAGAAAUCAUGAAACCAUAUUCAAAUUAAGUUUCUACAACAAAAGGGUGAAGUUUUUACAAGUGAAACAAAUACUCAAGUUAUAUAAAUACGUUUAUUUUACAUCAAGAAUAUAUUUUUUUUUAUUUAUUAAAAUAAGCUCAAUUCGCUCAUAAAUUGUAAAAUUUAGUUUAUAAGAAAACAGAAAUAUCAAUGUUCUAAUCAGUUAUUCUUUGUAGAUUUAUUUUUUUUAAACAGUUGUGAUUGACAGAAUGCCAUAUUUUUAUUUUAAGUUCCAUUGAUUUUUAAGAAAUCGAAAGAUGAAGGGUAAAUUUAAAAUGUUUUGGGUAUCUCUGGAAAUAUUUGCACAGGUAUUCUGUAUAUUUUUUCGGUCAGUAUUUAAUAAGAAUUCAAUUCCAUUCAAAAGCUUAUUAAGCAAAAAAACACAUCAAAAACAAAAACCACUUAAGUCCAUUAUUAUUAAUCUGUUUCCUCAAAACUAGACGAAGAAUUUCUAAUUGAAACUCUAAAGUAGCUAAGUAGGGUUAACCUACCCUUUGGGACCCAAUUUUAUUUUUAAUGAUUUUAAGGAUGUUUUUGCGAGUUAUGGUAUUUUAAGAGAUCAUUUGACAAUAUGUACUAGUUAAAAUUAAAAAAAAUAUAUACAGGGAGAGCAAAAAAUUGUGGGACAAAUAUAUCCCAGCGUGAUUUUUAGGUGGGUUAUAAAUAUCCCUAGGGGCCAAAAAAACACAUUUUUGUAUUUCAAAAUGUUAAUUUUUUUUUAUUCACAAAAAGACAACCCGCAAAGGUAAAUAUUUUAGGACGAAUGAUAAAGCGCAAAACAAUGCUUGCACAACCCUACAUCGCACAUUGCACAAAUAGUAUUGGCUCUACGUUCUUUUUUCUGAACAGCGCAACGAGCACAUCUUCGCCGUUUCGAUGUUUCUAUUGGAAGCUGAUCACCCACAUUUUUCAUUACUUUUGAUCUCUUUGAUGGCCUUCCACAACUGUGUCUUCGAAGUUUGACUGAAGUUUGCUGUUGUCCUUCUUCGAUUAGGUCCUCUGAUAAGGUAAAUAAACAUUCCAGUAAGGGUAUCUUUUUUUGGGUACGACGUAAGUCAUUAUAUAUUACCCAGCUGUUAACAACAGCAAUCAUCAAAAGUCGAUAAUAUACUUUUUUCUACCAUUUGCAUGAUUUUCUGCCAAAGUCAUACACACCACUCAUCUGAUCAGCCAGAUCCACACCACCCAUGAUUUCAUUGUAGUAUGCAAUAGCAGUGGGACAUGGUACGUCAACUCUCUGCCCAGUCUUGUCUUUUCUCUUCACACAGGUCAUAUCAGGGGUAUGGCAGUCACUCAAAAGAAUAACCUGCUUUGUAUCUUGCCAUUUGAUCGCAAUAGAGUUUGUUUGAUUUGAUAAAAACUCGCAUUCACCCCUAGACAUUUUUCGUUUUUCCAGUCCGUUCUUUCAACGUCGUCCUUGCCGCAAUAUACAUUUGCAUCGUAUGUAUAUCGUGUUUUUGCAUCACAUCCACACCAUAAUUUUAUGCCUCUUUUCAUAGGUUUUUGUGGCAUAUAUUGUUUCAGUGAAGAUCUUCCUUUGAAGCCCACCAUGCUCUCGCCAAUACUUUACUGUCGGAUCGAUAUUUCUGAAACGUAUAUUUGAAGCAAGAUAGAAGCUCUUGUACAUAGUAAAUCUUACUGGCCCCUUCUGGCUUGACUGGAUUAUUGAAAUAAAGCUUGAAUAGUAAAAACAAACACCUGUUUUUGGAUAUGGCCGAUUUGAUGGCCUUGUUUCCCAAAGAUGGAUGCUAUGACCAGUAAUGGCGAAGUUUUGGCACCUUAUUGAAACACAUAACUAAUGUGCAGCCAAUAGUAAUCAUAAUCUUCCCUGCAUCAGUGAAAGUCGCCUGCUUUUUUUAAUUUUCUUUGUAAAUUUUGAUUCGCUGGUUUGUAGACUCAGCAAUAAAAGUAAAUAAACUCCGAGGACAAAUUUUAGUGAAAAUGUCCAGCGGGGAGGCAUUUGCAGCAUCAUUCAACUCUACAUUGACUUUCAUUUAGAAAGAGUAGAAUUGGACGCGAAGAGUUUACCCAGUAAGUUGGCUUUUUCCCUUGCUGUUACCGCGAUAGAACCAUCAUCUGCUGUUAGGGGUGGCAAGGCCGACUUAGCAAAUCCUUGACUAACGGCUUUCGAUACCGACCAGAAAGAUCUUGUUCCAUUUGGGCAGUUUAGCAAUUUGUUUUUGAUCCUGUUGUUGUGACUCUCUUUGCAUUCCUCGAUAAUUCGCUUGCAGCUAUUUCUGGAGGUUAAAAAGUUCCUCCAAUUUUCGGUGGAAGGAUGUUGACGCCAUUUGCGAUAUGCUGCGUUUUUAGUGUUUACUGCCUUUUUGCAAUUCAGGUUGAACCAUUGCUCGUUGUUUGAUCUACAUUUAGUAGAAAAAGGGAUAUAAGCUUCCAUUCCUGCCAAGAUCGUCUCUGUAAUUUGGUUUGCACAUUCUGAGAUGUUAUUGGUUCUAAAGCAGACUUCUUUCCAAGGGAAUGAGCGAUAAAAUUCCCGAAGAUGGUUCCACUCUGCUGAUUUAUAGUGCCAUACCUUCCGCGGCAUCGGAGGAUCCUGCGUUUUAACAUCCACCUGGCAAGAGACUGUUAUCAAUUUGUGGUCCGAUGUUCCUAGGAGGGCCUGUACUGAUACAGUGUACGAAUCUCAUACCCAAAUAUUACACCCAAAAUGCAAAAACCAAAAAAAAAACAUCAAAAUACUUUGCUAUUAUAUAUGCUGAACUUACCUAAACAGAUUGUUUCAAAAACCUCACAAAAAAUAUCAAAUUUGUAAAAAAUCAGUGUCAAAAUCCAACAACGUGCUCGCUUUUCGGCGUUUACAAUCAGAAUGACCUCCAAAAAGCGUGUCGCUGCCUGUCGAACAAUUGUUAAAACCCUAAAAUACCCGCUAAUGACAAUUUCCAUUAAAAACGGGACAGAUAGCGCCCAGCAGAUGUUAUGAAAUGUAUGUUGGGAUUUAUUUGUCCCAUUGGGGCCGAAAGGGUUAAAGUGGCGAAAUUCAACAGGUAGAGAUUAUAGUUAAUUUUAAUAAAAUUUAAAAUAAAACAGUUAGUAAUCUUAGUGAUCGGUUCCUUGCUCUCUGAAUACUGAGAUUCAUAAAAUGGAAAGUUCUUAAUGUAUGUUCCAACAUAUUUAAAAGUUGAGUAUUUAAUUAUUUCUGAUCAAAUAUGCUGAAUAAUAUACAGUAUAAGUCACUUAGCAUAUCCGAGCAUUACUUACUAAAUGCUUUAAUCUGUUACGAAAUUUGAGCUUAAAAUAUUUUAAAAAUGUUUUAAAAAAAUAUUAAUACUGACAAGCAUGAUAAAAAAUUGAAUUCCUGUUAAAAAUAAUUAAACACCUUUACACACCUAACCUAUUCUAAGCCAUAAACUAAGCCUUAUAAAAAUAUUAACCACGUGCUGCCAUUGGAGUUAAAAAUACCUCAACUAAUGAUCUUCUAUUUUAUUGCCUUUUGAAUUAUUAUUAUUAAUAUGUACUUACUGUUAACAACUCUCAAAUAUUUGACAGAUGUUUAACAAAUGCUACUAAUUGUUCACGAUCUCAGUUUAGGUCUGAGUUUUCAGACCCUUAAACAGUAGAUCUUGGUGCCAUAUAGAAUUUAUCAGACACGUAUUUUUACUAAUAACCGUUAUUUCGAUCAGUCAAACCAAACUCAAUAAAAGUAUUCGUCCAAUAUGUGCCUUAUUGCAUUCCAAAAACGCUUCCUUAGCCUAGUUGUGUAUAUUUUUAAAUAUUUUUUAUAUACUUAUACAAUAUGUGAAUAGAUGAAUAAAUGAUUAUAAGAAAAA